CGUUUCAAUAGGGAAACAUUGCGAAUUAAUGUAAAAGAACAUUUGGAAAUAAUGUUUACAAAAUUGUUGUUUGUUUUAGUCAUUUUGAGCGUAUGUUAUUGUGAUUUGAGUGAGUUAAGUGAAGAUGAAUAUUUUGAUGCUGUAAUGGAUAUGUUGCUGAAUGGAGUGGACAGGGAUAUCGAGGAAUCUAAAGAAACUGAGGAUGAUGACGAACCUGUCUUAAAUGGUGGUGUCUGGAAAUGUGGUCGCUGUGAUGCCAUUAAUGAGUCCCGGCUGAUAUACUCUGAAGUCAACGAAGUCGACAGUGAAAUGAUGACUGAUCAGUCAGUAGAUAUACAGAUAGGAAUAUCUCUACCGGACAUGAAGUGCCUGAUCGUAAACUCCGACGUGCGCGGCGUCGUGCGUCGCGUUGCAGGUGCCUGCGCAGGCGACUCCGUCACGCUCAGCGUGGCACCCGCGCAGCGAUUUACGGUGCAAGUUUAUAAUUAGAAUAUAGAUAAAUAUUUUUAUGUAUUUAUUACUCUAAGUACUUGUGUGAAUAUUUAAUCUUUUUUUUAAUAAAC